AUGUCGGAUGUCAUUUCUUCAUAUUAUCAAUGGCCACGCCAAUCAAUAACAAAAUCUACUCGACCCACCGAUCGCAUAUCUCGAUCGACUCGUCGUACUGUUCCACAGUUUUCCAAAGAACGAUCCUCUCGUUCAACAACACGAAAGAUCACACUGUAUCGCAAUGGAGAUCCUUACUUUUCCGGCAAACAGAUCAGCAUCAAUCCGCAAAAUUAUAGUAGCAUGCAACUCUUCUUUCAACAAUUAUCAACUAUCAUCGAUUUGCCUUAUGGUGUACGACGUUUAUUUACAAUACAAAAUGGGUCCGAAAUAACUAAUGUGAAUUAUUUGAAAGAUGGUGCAUCGUAUGUGUGCGCAUCAUUUGAACCAUUUCAGAAAUUAUCAUAUACAGCGAUAACAACGCCCCGAAUCCCUCUAAAAAGUGAACACUGUAAGUAA